AUGUCGAACACAACCCGCCACGGUAUCUUGGUCCCAAUCGCUUCCCUCGAGACCCUCCUCUCCCAUCUCACGCUCCGCGAAACCCUCACCUUGCGUCGCCUAUCCUCCCCCAUUAAGAACAUCAUCGACACCGCCGUCCCCGCGCAACAGAAGCUCUUCUUCACCGCCGUCCUGCCCGUCAUCCCCCCUCCACUGCCGACGACGCUGGAGCUCAACCCCCUGCUGUUCGCCCGGUCGUAUAAGUGGUUCAAGAAAGACCGCUUUCAAUUCUACGAGCACCCCGGCCAAUUCUACCAGUUCCACCUUGGAGACCAGCCUCAGCCAGGAGUGGCUGCUGGAGCACAGCCGCUGGAAGGGCAAGGAGGCGGUCCUCACGCGGCCAAGCCAGACGAUGCUCACGUCGCGUAUCCGGCCCCUCCUCCUAUCACUUGGAUCGCGCGCAUUACGGUUACCAAUGCCAACGGCGUCAAGUACGGCGAUCUGCUGCGCCAGGCGGUGAGGGAGUGCAGACGGCAGGGGGCGAGGGGUACGGAUAGCGUGACGAUGGAAGCGCGCUUCCCGUACGGGCAGCGGUUGAGAUUGGAGAAGUACACGGAGGUGCUGGGUCGUCUGAGCGAUGGGCAGAGAGAGCGAUUGGGGGUUUGA